AUGGCAAAAGCGUAUACACAGGAUGAGUUUGACAUGCUAAUGGAAAAGGUUGCGACGGUGGAUAUUCGUGUAAAGGAUUACUUGGAGUUAGCCGGAAGGGAAAAGUGGUCUAGGCUGUAUGCUCCAGUCAACCGAGCAUGGACAAUGACGUCUAAUAUUGCUGAGUCUAUCAAUUCAGCUCUCGUACAAGCAAGAGAAUUGCCAAUAUUUGAUUUUCUUGAAGAAGUUAGGAUUAUGUUUGGGCUACUGAAUUUCACUAAUCGACAAAAUGGUUCAUAUACAUUCACAACACUUGGGAAGAAAUUCAAUGAAAUGCUUUCCAUUAAUGAGCGUAAAUCGCACGCACGCUUUGGUAAUACCAUCAACCGAAUACGUGCACACGCUUUGUGUGGAUACAUUACUGAGUGCAGAUGCAAAUUCUGUCUGUGGAUGUAUUCAACAUCUGCUGAUACUAGAUAUAGCAACGUGUGA